AUGGAGAACCGCGGCCUGGCGCUCCUGCCAUGGCUGGGUCUGCUGUGCUCCCAGACCGACGGCUUGCGCCGUGUCGUGGCUCAAGAGCUCGUCGCCGCCUCUCGCGCCCCCCCGCCCCCUAACGACGCCGUCGCCCCCGCCGGCGCAACGCCGGCGAAAGGCGGAGAAGCGGAGGAGGGAUCGGCGGCGGCAGCGGGAGGGCAAGAAGGAGGGGCUGCGGUUGAGGGGUCUGCUGGCGCUGCAGCCGGCGGGGGCAGCACUUGGGCAAAUGGAAGAGGAGGAGGAGCUGGAAGUCCUUCGCUUUCUGGCUCACCUUCUUCCCAGUAUCUGCCGGAGAACAACCAGCAACAGGAGCCGAGGGCGCCGCCGCCGCGGCACAGCAGCAUGUUCGGCCUGAGCACCAACCUGGGGUACCUGUGGGUGAGCCACACGAGGGCGGGCGGGAGCGAGGCGGUGCCUUACCGGGUGGCCCGAGACUCCCCGUUGGUGGUGCUGGUGGCGUCGGACCCCAUGAUCGCGAAGCCCCUCAGGCUCUGCUUGCACGGCCUGCUGAUGAGGCUGCUCGUGGAUCAGGAGUUCAAGAGGGACUUCGCGCUGGCGUUCGCGCGGCUGUACGAGUACCUGAACUCCCUCUAUUGCAAGGGCGUGGGCGUGUCGGACGAGAGCAUCUUCGGUUUCAGCGUCCAGACCUUCACCACACCGAGCCUGGUCCGUCUACUGGCCGACGCCUCGGCGGCGACCCCCAGCGCGAUUCUCCCCAACCCAGACCUUGGAGUUCCAAAAGUGUGGCGCUUCUCCGAAACCCCGGGGCUGCUGGCCUUGCUCGCGGAGGCGCUGGUCAGAACCAUGAGGGACGCGGGGUGUCGCGGCUGCGGGCGCGAGGGGGGGAGGGAGGCGGUCAUCGCAGCCCAGCAGCCGGGCCCCCGGGGGGCGGCCCGCGGCGAGAACGCCUUCCUUGAGCACGACAUCACCAACCACCGGAGGUUCUUGCACGUGUUCCGGGACCUGGAGUACGCUCUGCAGAGCCCAGGCACCGCUCUAGACGUGGCCACCCUCGCGGCAAACCCGGGCCCAGGAUCAGAGCCAAUCCGACUGUGGCUCAAGGUGCUAUCUGCGCUGCAGUACAUGGACACGAAUGUCCGGUGGAUCGGGUCGCACAUCGAGUACGAGUCCCGGAGGUUCUACGGGGCAUUCGGCCUGUCGUUCUCCCUGGCCAGCGUCACCGACGUCCUCGUCGACCGCGCCCUCCGCAAGGCCUCCCCGAACAACGCCGCCACCGCGGCCGCCGCUGCCGCCGCCGCCGCCGCGGCCACUGGUACUACUGCGACUAGUACUACUGUGACGGCUGACUGGUGGGCGGCAACGCGGGGGGGGGACUCUUCUGCCCCUUCUUCGUCGUCUUGGCCUCGUACAUCUGAUGAUGCUGGUGCGUUUACUUCGCCUUCGCGAAAGCAGCCGUCGUCGUCUCUAGCGGGCGGGGGUUCCGGGGAAUGGGCGGAGGAGAGCAGGAGGGUCGAGGCCGGGGAGGUGCUCUCGAGGCGGGGGCUCGCGGCGCUCAAGACGUGGGUUGAUUCCCGCAAUGACACCGCGGUGUACAAGACCACCCCUGUGUCCGGCGGUCGAUUGUCGCGGGCCUUCCCGGGUCUUCGGAAGAGGGUGGAUUUCCAGGUGCAUUGCGAGGCGGUGUCCCUUCAUCUGCCGCUCCACCGGUUCUUCUGCAAGGUGGUGCAAACCCUGGCCCAGGAAGGGAUGGCGAUUCCACGCGUGCCGCAGGACGUCCUGCUGCCCCUCGUGGAGUUUCCCAUGAGGGCGCUAGUCUUCCACGCCCAGGUGAUGGCCAGGCUGUGGGUGCGAAAUGGGCUUUCGGCGGAGCACCAAGUGAUGAACUACUCGUCGCCGUCCUUGUGCCGGCACAUGCGAGACCUGGACAUGGUUGCCCUCCAGGUGGGCUGCCUGCACAUGGGCGCGGAGAACUUCCUCGGCCUGCUGAUCGACAAGUUCGCCCUUGAGGAGCUUCUCCUUGAACCUGUCCCUGAGGGUGAGACCACCGCGGCGGCAUCGGUACAACCGCCUUCACCGCCAGGUCGCCUGCAGCAGAGUGACGGCAGCGGUGGUGCGCCAGCGGUCGGGCCUCAGCUUCCGCUGCCCCCGUUCCUACCCCUGCCCACCGGAGUAGCGGUAGGGGCGGAGGAAGCGGCGUCGCCUUCGGCGGCGGCGGCGGCGGCGGCGGCGGUGACGGCGGCGGCAGCGGACAAGGCGGCCGAGCUGAGGAAGAUCCCGGAGGGGGCCCGCCUGCUCCUGGCCGAGGAGUUCCUGUCGCUGCUCGUGAUGCUGCUGACGGAGCUCCCGCGGCCGGCGGGGAGGGCGUCGGCGAGGGGAGCGCUGCGGAGGGAGGUGGUGCACCGGCUCGCCAGCUCGGAGUGCACGCACAGCGAGGUGGCCGCGGUCACCGCUAACCUGAUGGAGGGGGAUGUGGAGCCGGAGCCCGAAGAAUUCCUCGACCAAGUUAUCCACGAGGUCGGCGAGGUGCGAGGCCCUUCCUCCGCCUCCGCCCGUGCCGCCGCCGCCGCCGCCGCCGCCACCGCCGCUUCCGCAGAGGGGGGUACCGGCGGCGGCGAUACCGGCAGCGGCGGAGGCGGCGGAGGUGGGGCGACGAAGUACAGCCUUGCCGCGUCGGCCGCGUGCGAGUACGACCCCACGUUCGUUCGCCUCAACAGGGCGGAACACGAGGCGGCCAUUGAAACGGUGGCCCGAAAGCGAAAGGCGGCGGCGGCUUCCUCGGCUGCCGCACCGGGGACGACAUUGCCGUGUCCCCUGGUCGGACCGCCUCCUCCGGCGCACACCACCUUCCUCCCCGUCCGCCGCGGUCUGCUGUACAGCCCCGUCGUCAUGAGCGCCGUACGGAUUGUCCUCUCCAGCUACGCCGAUAAGACCCCCGGCAAGUUCUCGGACCUGCUACUUGCGAGGACGCUGCAGAUCAUCACCCUCCAGCUCCACGGCCUGCAGGACCCGGCGGACCAGGAGUUGCAGGGCACGGAAGGCGGUCGCAGCAGCGGUGCCACGGGCGGUGCAUCCGCUGGCGUUUCCAGUGGCGGUGUUGAGGAGACGAAGAGCAGCGGCGGCAGCGGAAGCGGCGGCGGCAGCAGCAGCAGCAACAGCCACGAGGGCGCUUACUUCGCUUCGGUGUUGCUGCGGCAAGAAGGAUCCGUGGGCGGAGUCAAGAGAAACAGCCUCGAUGCUUCGUGGGUGUUGACCGAAGGCACUUCCGGCGACGGCGAUGGCGGCGGCCGCACGGUUAGCUGGAGCGGGGGGGGCGUGGCAAGCGUGUGCGAGGCGUUGGGGAGGGUGGCCCAUACCCACGGCGCCCUCGGCACGCUUUUCGAGGACGGUCUCCAGUGGAUUGUGAGGGAGUUCGCCCGCCGCAGCCCCGCCUGCCGUGAGACCCUUGGCCGCCUCGGCGCCCUGCCCGAAGAGACCGUAGCCGUGGCUGCUACGGUGGGCGGCGGUGCUGGCGGUGACAAGGGUGUGGCUGGUGGGGGGGGCGAGGAGGUGUCGACGGCGGCGGCGGCGGCGGCGACUGGGGGGGGCGGAGGAGGAGGGCGGAAGACGGGGGCGGCAGCACUGGCGGAAAAGAAGAAGAAGAUGCAGGCGAUGGCCAUGGAGGCCAUGCGCAAGCGGCAGGCGGAGUUCAUGAAGCACGCCGGGCUUGAGGGUCUCUCGGACGAGGAGGAGGACGACGAAGGGGGCGAGGGCGGGAACAACAAGGCCGACGGCGGGACAGCGAGUCAGGCCGACGCUCGACGCCACGCGCCGCCCUCCCUGGAGGAAGGGUCUCCGGAGUGCAUCAUGUGCCACGAGAGGAGCGGAAGCUUGAUGGGCUACCUGGGUCUGGCGCAGAGGUCACUGGUCCUGGGCACCGGAGUCGCCGGUAACCCUCACAGGGGCCUGCUGCGGCGCCAGAUGCUCAUCGUUGGGAACUACGGCUGUCAGAUGCGGCGAGGGAUCGACGUGACCAGCGAGAAGGUCAAGUUCUUCCCCCCGGGAGGCACGUGCGAGGUGCUCGUGAGAGAGCAGGUCGGCAGGCGCGUGCGCUGCGUCGCGCCGGCCGUGGGGUGGGCUAGCACCCGCACCCAGGACGGGAGCGUCGUCCUCGACCCCCUCGAGACCCAGGCCUUCCGACGCUGGGGGCGGCAGCGGCUCCACGUCGGCCUGUGCGGGCACGCCGUCCACUUCUCCUGCUGGGACGCCUACUUCCAGUCUCUGCUCGGCCGCUCGAACGCCAAUCAGACGUUCGACGGACGCAUGUCGGUGGACGUGAACCGCGCCGAAUUCUUCUGCCCGCUGUGCAAGAGCCUCAGCAACACCCUGAUCGCCCACAUCCCGCCGGUGGCCCAGGCCUCCACCCUCUCCUCUUCAAAUUCCAAUCCAACCCCGGCGUCCAACGCGACGGGUAGCGCUACGACUACCGGUAGUGCAAACGACGCAGAGGCGGAGCGGCGCGCAGCGGAGAGGCUUAGCACGGCGGACGGGCUCGCGGAGUGGGUGCUGCUGGAGGAAGACGGUGGUGCAGGCGUUCUUACGCGGGGGCACGGCGGCGCGGCGGCGGAGGCGGCAGCGGUUACCCCCCGAGGUGAUCGCGACGACGAUGAUGACGCGAUGGAGCUCGAUGAGGGGGGUGGAGGAGGCGUUGCGGCGGCGGCGGCUGCAGAGCGAGGGAAGGGGACGGCCGCGGCCGGGAAGCUGAAGUUCGGGUCUCCUCGCAGCGGUCUCGGCGGAGCCCUAGUCGCCGGUGUCGUGCGGCAUCGUGCGCCACCGGUGCCUCCGGCGCAGCAGGCGCAGCAGCAGGAGGGGGGGGAAGAAGAGAGGCGGGAACGAGGAGACGAGGGUACCGCCACUGAAGGUGGCGGUAGCGGUGGUGCCCCGCCGGCUUUGGACGCGGUCGCGGGCGUGGCUCUGGACCGUCUAGCCCAGUCUCUCGAGAGGGCUAGCUCCCCCCCGUGGGCAUGGGAGCAUCAGAAGCAGCGGAACAUCGAGAAGGUCUCACGCCUGCGGCUGCUGCACCAGAUGUGGUCAGCGGCGGGUUACACCGCCGCUGCCGCGGAGGCUGCUUCGCGCGCGGAGGGGGCUGGAGGAGGGGGGGGUGGGGUAGACGCGGGGGGCUCGUCUCACGCCGGGGAGGCGUUCCGGGGUAACGAGAGCCUCCACCUCCGAAGGCUGCUCAGAGUCGUAGAACACGGUGCGUCCCUCCUCGAUCACAACAACAAUGUCGACGCUGCCGCCGUAGCAGCAUCCACAUCGGCGUUAGCCAGCGAGGGCGAGGCACCUGCAGCGGCGGCGGCAGGGCCCGUAGCCGGCGGUAACGCCGGCGCCGUGAGUGAAGCUCAGCAGCAGCUGCAGGGGGCAGCAGCGGUAUUGCCGGGCGAUGGGGACGGCCGCGAUGUGUCCUCUUCCUCCUCUCCGACAACAACAGGAGGAGGCGGAGGAGUCGUUAUGGCGGCGGCGGCGCCGGUGGGCGGAGUCGUGGCAGCGAUCAAGCUGGGGAGAAUAUUGGGCGGGGCGGCCGUGGUACCGCCACCGGAAGGCAUACGGACUUUGAGCGGCGGCGGCGGCGGCGGCGGCGGCGGCGGGAGCAGGGGGCAGAAGAAGUCCUCCUUCAUCUUGUCCCCGGAGGAAGCCACGUGGAUGCGACGGGCUCUGGAACUGCCAAUGCAGGCUAUGGGAAACACGCAACCCGAUCUCAAGGAGGCUGAUAAGGGGCGCCUAGAGUCUUUCAGACUCAGGCAGGCCUACGCGCUGAAAAGGCCCCGCCAGGCCGCCCGUGAAUGCUUUGAGGAGGCGGCGGCAGGGGGGGCAACGUCCAAAACGAGCAGUUGGAGCGAGCGGCUGUCCCCGGAGUCGGCCUCUGCGCUGGAGAGCGUUUGGGAGUCGGACGCGGUGUGGCCUUUGAUGCAGAUCCCUAUUCUGUCGUGGGACCUCACGACCCUCGUCGUGGGCGGUGUAAGCAUGGCCCGAUCCUGGUCCAACAGGGCCGGGGUGGCGAGGGCCGUCUGCCUAGCGAGGCUCUGCCAGGCGCUUCUCCAGCCUGAGCUGUGCCUGCGCGGGCCGGGGGGCUCCGCGGCGGCGGCGGCGGCGGCGGCAGCGGGGGGGGGGAGAAAGAGCGGCGGCGGGCGGCGGCCGAGGUUGUCGAAGGGAGCGGCGGCGGCGGCUUCGGCGUUGGAGUUGCUGAGAGGGGUGCUGGCGGAGGCGACGGGGACGCCGGUGUCUCGGUUGGCUCCCGUCGGCAAGGAGCUGGUGUCGAUGUGCUACUCGUCCUGGGCCCCAUUCCUGCGGUGCUCUGCCCUGCUCCUCGUCGCCUCUUGCUCUACCGACAACAGCAACGAAGGUUCCGACGCCAACAGGGGUUCCACAUCCGGUGGUGGAGUUGAGGAUGAGUGGCGACAGCGCCUUGCCUCGGCCUACGGCUCCUCCGCCCGCCUCUCCUUCACCACCACGGGCUACGACAGCAACGGCCACACCCGCAAGCGGAGAAACAACACCAAGCCUGCGGCGCCAGCAGCAGCAGCAGCAGCAGCAACGACAACACUUGCCGAUGAUGGGGAUGGCAGCGAGAUUGACGAUGAUGGCGACGACGAAGACGGCGGCGGCGUCGAGUGCCUUGCGGCCGUGCAGGAGCUGUGCUCGGCGCUGGGAGUCCCUUCCCCGCAGGCCGUUGUUUCCUCCAGCCUCGCGAUGGGCAUGGUUCGGGCCUGGGGAAGGCAGUACAAGGAGGCAUUCGGGCCGGCUCAGCCUGAGGCGGGCGUCUGCCGCAUCGGGUCAGAGAGUCUGAACCCCUCAUUGAUGGAGGAAUGCCUGCGGCAAGCUCCUUCUCGAACGGUACUGGCGGCCGAUGCGGGAGGCGGGAGCAACUUUGGGGACGACGAGGACGGCGGCUGGGGGAACGGUGACGGGCUCGGCAGAAUCGGAGGCGGCGGAGGCCUGAACGAAUCUGGCAUGGUAGGAGGAACCCCAGACGCCGACGGGGGUGAUUCAAUGUCAGCUCCGGGGGACACCCACGGCGACGGCGACGACGAUGCCAACAACAACCCGGCCGCCGCUGCAGCAGCAGCAGCAGCAGCAGCAGCAGCGGCAGCAGACGGAGUGAAUCCUGGCGCCGCGGGUGGGGGGGCAGCAGGCGGCGUCGCAGGUGGAGGGGAAGGAAUGUUCGGCGUGAACAUGAACCUGAACAUGAAUCUCGGGGCCGAGGUGCCGUUCGACGAGGGGGGCGGAGCCGCGGAGAUGAUGGGCUUCGAUGUCCUAGAGAUCGACGGCGGGGAGUGGCUGGGCUUCCCCCCGGGCGGCGGCGGGGACGCCGCGGCGAUGAAUGCCCUCGCUGUCGCCGCUGCCGCUGCCGGCGCCGGUGCCGCUGCUGUUGCCCCUGCGCUCCCCGUGGGGAUGGCGUGGGGUGGCAACGUCGCGGGAGCGGGGGCAGGGGGAAUGAUGGAGGGCUCGGAUGAUGACAGUGAAGACGGGCAGGCGCUCGAGGACGUGGAGGAUGCCGGCAACAAUAAUGGUGGAGGCUUUGGCGCCAUGGAAGAAGACGGGCAGCAACAACAACAGAACGCCAAUGAGUUCGUAGUACCCUGGCCCAACAACGUCAACGGCAACGACGGCGACCAGGGCGGCUGGGCCGAAGAUUCGGACGAGGCGUGGCAAGGCGAGCCCCCGGGUGCUGGUGCUGGUGCUGGUGCUGGGGCUGGUGCCGAUGCCGCGAACGUUGUGAUGCCCCCCCAUGGGGCGGCGGUACAGGCUCACGUACCGGCGGGACUGCAGGCCGUUGGCGGUGCCGGAGCCUUGGCUGCACAGGCGGGUUCUGCCCCCUCUGCCCAGCGGAGGCGCCAUGGCAGGGGACGUGGCAAUACCACUGACCGCUACACCUUUGCACUCACAAGGGCGGGGGCUCCGCAGGUGUUGAUGCCGCACCUCGGCAGCCUUACGGGGGGACACACCACCCCAGACUUGACGGGGAAGCCUCUGAAGGGGGUGGUCUUCGACAUCAGCCACCUCGGCGUCAGCUGCCAGGAUAACCACGACCUGGUGGAGCUGCCCGAGAGCUACACCGAGCUGUACGGCCUGGCCAAGAGCCCGCACGCUUCGGCGGCGGCGGCGGAGGGGGCUGCGGCAGGGCCAGAGAGGGACCGCGCAGUGUGCCUUGUCUGUGGCCAGGUCCUCGUUGCCGGGGCGAAAGGGAUGGGGCACGUGGGAGAGUGCACCCUGCACGCGAGGGAGUGCGGGGCCGGCGUGGGCGUCUUCUUCCUGGUGCAGAGGCGAGUGUAG